AAACAAUGGUUCAGUGUUGUGGGAAUCAGUUACCGCCCAAUUCUCUGUUAACCAAAUAUUUAUGGACAAUUUUACAAUAAUUUCGCCGUCUCUGAAUUGUCAGCUGGAUAAAGAAACAAAUCUCUCAUACAGCUGUGUUUUAGAUUUAAAACCAAAUAACAAUGUGAAAAUUGUCGCUUUAACAAGAAUACCGAAGAGAAAUAUAUUGCCUCUUUUUAAAAAUAAUCGCUUGUUUGUGGAAACCGUACUAAAUUUAUCGCUUAAUGGAGAUGUUGUCACCAAAGUCUUGAAUACAACCCUAUUCUACCAAAACGAUAUAACUUUCGGCCAAAAUAAAAAACUCAUAAUCUUAGUUGCAAGCGUUUUAGCUGGCUUGCUGUUAAUCCUCGUUAUAUAUGGACUGUACAAGGCUGGAUUUUUCAAGAGGGCAAACAAAAAGAAGCUGGACGAUUUACGGGCGAGUGUUAAAAGACCUCCACCUCAGAGCGCGAGUACCUCAAAUACACCACAGGCUGAUAGCGGACACGAUAAAGCAGCCAAGUGUACGAGUAAGAUUGAAUCCAUACCCGAAGGUGCAGAGGAAGUGUAAGUGUUUUGAAAUUAAAUACUUUAUAGCGGAU